AUGAAGGACUACCUUAUAUCGUCCUUGGAGAUUUUAGAGAUAAAUUACCCUAAUUGCGCAAUCGUACUAGCUGGAGACUUCAACAAAACUCGCCUCCCAUUGCUCCAGUCUGCUGUGAAAGUCUUUCAACUUAAACCGGUCGUUGACUUCCCUGCUAGAGGAGAUAGAACUCUUGACCAAAUUUUUACCAACCUUACAGAAUAUUUUUCAUCUCCGUGUAGUUUACCCGCACUUGGUCUUUCGGACCAUCAAACCAUGUUUAUCUUGGCUAGAAUUCGUGAUAAAACCUGCAAGCCCAAACCCAAAUUAAUUACGACGAGAGAUAAACGACCCAGUAAAAUAGCAAGUCUUCGUCGAUUUCUUCAACAACUACCUUGGUUUGACUUUUUCUCCCCGGCUCAGUCAAGUGAAGAUAAAAUUAACAUCCUUACAGAUAUAAUACAUUUUGGCCUAAAUACCAUCAUGCCCGUGUCAACCAUCAAGAUACAUGAAUCAGAUCGGCCCUGGAUGAACACUAAUCUAAAACAGCUCAUCUCUCGUCGCCAAAAAGCUUUUACAACUGGUAACAAUCCUCUCUACAAAAUUCUAAGAAACAAACUCAACCAAGCAUGCAAACGCUGCAGAAAAUCCUACUACGUUAAUAAAGUUAACGGUUUACGAGAUUCCAAGCCCCGUGACUGGUGGAAAGAAGUUAAAUUAAACAGUUUUGCCGCGCCAAAUAAAACCUUGUCUGUGAUAAGGAAUCUCUGGUUGAAAACAUCAAUUUGGCGUUUGUCAAAACAAUGA